AUGGCUCUUAUUGCCACAAUUGAUGCAAGGCAAAUUAAAGAGGCCUUAACAGUUGACUUGAGAAAGGAUGAACGACCCCUCGACCUUCUGAUGCAACUAUGGGAGGAAGAGGAAACAGAAACUGAGGAAAAUAUAAGCAUUGAAGCAUUUGGGAAGAUUGAAGUUGCUUCCCAGAGUAGAGUGUUUAAAAAGCUGUGGGACUCUAACGUACAAAGAGAAACAGAAUCUCACAGACACCCUUCGAUAUCACUGCACCAACUACAUGACAAGAUUUACAGACCCACCAUAGACACAUUCACCCGGAUCUACGAAGCCCUUAGAAACAUGUCCAUGCAGGUGGAGGAGUUUGAUGAGAUAUUUGGGGAGUCUGAGGUGGACUUUAUUAAAGAUGAGCUCAAAGUCAUGGGACAAUCAUUUGCAGACAGUAUGCAGACUGUAUGGAUAACACCCAUUUGUGAUUAUAUCAAACGGUAUAGAAAACUGCAGGAUGUUGUGGAACCAGCCAGAACCGUAUAUGCACUGCAGGAAGGCCUGGAACUGACAGGAGACUUCAGCCCCCUUAGUGAUUUUCAGAUUGACCGUUUCAGAGCAAAAUGUUUGAAGGAUUUCUCUGAGGAGAUGGAAACCACUGGUGCCAAACUCAAAGUUCUUGAUAACCUGGUUGUUUGCCUGUUGGAGGAGUUGCUAAACUGUGUGAGCAAAGACUUUAUCAGUUGGAUCAGGUCGAUUAUGAAAGAUCAAAAAGAGCUCACUGUGUUUGUGGAACUGGCCACUGCCUUUGCUGGGGACAACCCACUGGACAUCGAUAAAGUCCGAAACUUCAGAGAUGCCGUCUUUGCUUGCGCUCCAAUCAUUUAUGAUCUUGAUAAAAAUGCAGGAUUUGACGACCUAAUGGAAAAGAUCAAAAGUCUUAAGGAGUUCACUGAUAAGGAUGCUGAUCUUCAACACAAACUGCGAGAUUCCUGUGUGCAUAAACCAUGGCUGGAGACAGCCCACGCUGCCCAUGGCUCUGUUGCUAAAUCAUCUCUGCUUCAGGCUACUGAGAUCAACAAAAACGGGGUCUACAUCAUCAAGCAGUCCUCUACACGGGGCACAGUGAAACUGGAUGACUGUAUUUCCUUAAAUAUUGGAGAAAGAUCUUCUGGAAACCAGAAUGUUCAGUAUAAAACAUACAACCUGUCACAGCUUCAGGAACUUCAGAACAAGCUGAUGCUAAUCACUGCAACUGAUGAACAAACUGACUCCAUUUCUCUGUAUGUGAAGGUCUUGGAACAAAUAUUACAUGCUGGAGAGCUGUUAAUCAAACUGACUGAAGCAGGCCAUAUUCUAUUCACAGACUGGGCUCUUAGAGCUUAUUGUGAUGACAAACAUGCAGUGAAAGUACAUAUUGACUUUGGCCUCACUGGCAUGGCAAUCCAAGGACAUGGGAAAUUGCUGGUGGAGCUGACUGGUGUUUGUAAAAGUAUGCAGGAUUGCCUGGAUAAGUGGCUAACCUACACAACAAAACACAGAGAUGAGUAUUACUUUCUCAAUUACUUCACAGCCAAACAACUGGUAACACUGUGUUGUGCUGUUGCAAAUUUGCAAAAGAAUGAAGAGGUCCCCACAGGGGUACUGAACUUGUUAUCUUUCAUAAAGGAGAAUGUCACUGAAAAGGAUCUAAGAGAUGCUUUCACUGCAGCACUCAAAACUCCGCUGCAAAAUCCAGGUAGUGUGAAUCUGCGGUCACCUCAGAUUCAAGAUUACCUUGUUACAUUCCCAGAAAUUAUUAAUUAUGUUGUUCAAGCUGGGUACUCUGAAGAUGCUGCCAAAGCUGCAGUCAUGUAUUGCAAAAGUGGUGAAGAAGGUGUGGAAGAUUUUCAAGAAGCCGUGAUGGAAUGUGUUUAUGAAUACAGCACUGACGAUGACUGGGUAAAAAAAUGGAGCACAGACUUUGAGGAGGAACGGGAAAAUGUUCUUCAGAACCAGAUGAAAUUCAGUGGGGGUCACUCUCCAGAACAAAUGCAACCAACAUUUUCACAGGAUGACAUGAUCAACAUGUUUGAGAACCUCACUUCCUGUAAAGAGAAGAUCACAAUACUGUGGGAGACCUACUGUGGAAAACUCUCGGGACUUGUAUCAGAUAAAUACGCAGGGCUGGAUCUGGUCGGGGAAACCUUGAAGCAGUUGGCAGAAACUGAGAAAGACACAGUCCAGAGGACACUUACACGCCAUCUAGAAAGAGGCAAACCAAAUCUCGUAUCUUGUAGUGAUGUGGAGAUGCUGCCCCACUGCCUGUCUCUCUACCUCAGUGAGGAACGACCUUUGCCAACCUUUGACGAAAUUCUGAUCUGCACCUCUGAGACGACAGCAGAGGAGGUAGAGCUGAUCAUUCGGAGAGCAGUGCAACCAGGGAGCAGACACGAAAAAAUCUACUCCCUAUUAAAUGCUGACAAACUGAAUCAUGAGGUGUCUAGAGCAUUAGAAUCCUCUUUUUACCACUUCUCCCAGAGUCAAGAUGUCACUGUGGCAAAAGAUUACAACUUUGUCAUAUUUUGCAAUGCAAAAGCCCAUCACAGUUAUGUUCUAACAGCUUUUGAUGAGUACAGAAGAACAGUCCCAUCCCAGACCUAUGGAGGCAUUCAAAAGCUCCUGAGGGUAAAGCAUGCACUGUCACCUGAGGCUGGAUUUACAUCAAUCAUCCCAGAGAAGUUUCAGCAAAGCAUAAAAAUGAUUGCGUCGGCCAGAGCUGGUAUGGGAAAAACACUGUUUGUGAACAACCUUGUGAAAAGAUCGUCAGAGUUACUGAAAGACCAGGGAUUUACACACAAAACCAUCAGCCUGACUGAAUCAGAGAUAAAACCAGGGUACAUUUUUGAACAGCUGAGACCAUAUGAAGACAAACCAGAGGAUAAAGUCCCAAGAGUCUUCCAUUUUGAUGUACCUCCAGUGGUGUGUAAAGGACUCUACUCCUUCCUUGUUCAGCUCUUUGUGCUCAGAUGUUUCCAGAGCACAGAUGGGUCCAUCUGGAGAUGCAAAGAUUGUCACCUCUACUUAGUAGAGUUUACAGAGAGGAAACCUACAGGGAGAGACAGUGAAAAUUCAGAGAUGUCCACAGAGAUGAAAAACUGUUUAUUGGGAAUGUUUACCACAGUGAGAUGUUUGUCACCAAAAGAUACCGAAGAACAUUUGAGUGGGAACUGUAGCACAAAUUAUACACAGAAUGAGUUUCAAGUCAUGGAUGGCUCUGAAUUCAAGAGUGAAACAUUUCAGAGAACCUACCAAUAUCUGAAACACUUCAGACAGAACAAACUUGAACAAUUCAAAUUUGAUCCAAAAGUAUGUGCUGAUUCUCCUAAGGAGUGGUUGGAAUGCAUUUUGCAUUUUUGUGAGAUCAAGGACCCUUCCUGGAUGGAGCUUCGCAAUUUCACCCAUUUCCUUAAUGUGCAGCUGGAGAAAUGUGAAAACUCUGUGUUCUGCAGUGACGUACUUAGAAAUGACCUGACUGGAUUCAGAGCCUUUGUUGUAAAAUUCAUGAUUACAAUGUCUCGAGAUUUCACUAUGCCAUCAUUGAAGACAUCUGAUGAGAGUGAUCUGUCUGGAAGAACUGAGGAUGAAAACAUUCUCCGUCAACACCAGCUUGAGAGACGAUGGGAACAGCAUUCACACCCAUACAUCAUGUUUAAUGCUGAUGGAGUGUCCAUGACCUUCUUAGGGUUCCACAUCCAAAACCUGAAUGCUGUUGAUGUCCAUUCUGGAAAAGUAAUUGAGCCUAACAUAAUAACUCGCCAGUUACUAACACAACUGAAGUAUCAAGGAGUGCCACUGAACAUUGACUUCAACAACCUGGCUCGAGCUGAUCAGCUUGAGAUUUUGUGCAGAGUUCUUGGUGUCACCAGGGUGAAGGAUCCAGAUGAGUCUUAUCAGCUCACACUGGACAACGUCUUGAAAAUUCUUGCCAUUCACAUGCGAUUUCAGUGCAACAUACCCGUGAUCAUUAUGGGAGAAACUGGAUGUGGUAAAACUCGGUUAGUCCAGUUUAUGUGUGAUCUGCUGAGGACAGAAAAUGGGAGGAGGAAUAUGAUUGUGGUGAGAGUCCAUGGAGGCACAAUAUCUGAAGAAAUCUACAAGAAAGUUCAACAGGCCAUUCAGAUUUCACAAGAAAAUGAAGCUCUUGGAAUGGACACUGUCCUCUUUUUUGAUGAGGCUAACUCAACAGAGGCUGUGUAUGCUAUUAAGGAAGUGAUCUGUGACAAAACAGUCAAUGGAUGUAAAAUUGAUGCCCCCCGUCUCAAAUUUGUAGCUGCUUGUAAUCCUUACAGAAAGCAUACUCAGCAGGCAAUAGAACAACUAGAGAAAGCUGGACUGGGUUACCGGGUCCGGGCUGAAGAUACAAGGGAGAAACUGGGUACCAUUCCAAUGAGGCAGCUUGUAUACAGAGUUCAACCAUUGCCACCCAGUCUGUCACCGCUUGUCUGGGACUUUGGCAAGUUAAAUGAGCACACUCAAGAUCUCUACAUCACACAGAUGGUGCGAUCCUUUUUCAAAAGGGAAAACCUCCCUGAGAAAUAUGAAACUGUAUUCACAAAAGUGAUCUCUGUAUCUCAGAGGCACAUAGCAGGUAUAGCCAAUGAAUGCAGAAUGGUGAGCCUCAGAGACAUUGAACGAUGCAUGAAAACAGUCAUGUGGUUUCAUCAGCAAAGAACUACAUUGUACCCUCUCAUUGAUCAGAAAAAAGAAAGGAAGGGACCUGGAAACGUGAGUGGCUCACUCAUCGAUGACAUCAUACGCUCCUUGAUUCUUGCAGUUGGAGUGUGUUACAAUGCUUCACUAGAGCGCCGUGAGAAAUACAUUGAAAAGGUGGCAGAAGUUCUUUCUUUGACAACCACUGAUAUAAUUAAUGAAAUAGAUUUCUGCCAAGAGGUCUUCAUUGAUAAUGUGGAUUUAUCAACAACUGCAACAGCAAAGAAUGAUGCCCUAAAGGAGAAUGUCUUCAUGAUGAUAGUGUGCAUGAAUCUGAGACUACCUCUGUUUCUUGUUGGAAAACCAGGCAGUUCUAAAUCACUCUCAAAAACAAUAGCUGCAGAUGCUCUCCAAGGGAAGUCCUCAGGCAGCGACCUCUUCAGAAGCUACAAACAGGUUCAACUCCUUUCAUUCCAGUGUAGCGCCCAUUCAACAUCUGAUGGAAUCAUUUCCACCUUCAGACAGUGUGCCCAGCUUCAGUUAAACCAGAACCUGGAAGAAUAUGUCUCGGUAGUUGUGCUUGAUGAGAUUGGAUUAGCAGAAGACUCUCCUACGAUGCCACUGAAAACUUUACAUCCUCUCCUUGAAGGUGGAUACAUUGAUGAUGAGGAGCCAAAACAUUCCAUGAAAGUUGGAUUCAUUGGAAUUUCCAACUGGUCACUGGACCCUGCUAAGAUGAAUCGUGGCAUACUUCUGCUUAGAAUAUCUCCAGGAGAACAUGAACUCAUUAAAACAGCCAAGGAAAUUUGCACAUUUGCAAAGCCUACCACUACAGACAUUGAGGAAAACAUUCCCAAACUCACCAAGGUUUAUUCUGAAAUUUUGAAAGAGGCACAAAGCCAUAUUGAGUUCUACGGACUUAGAGACUAUUAUAGUCUCAUCAAGGUGAUUGUGACCUAUGCACGAAUGUCAAGUCAUGAACUAUCCGUGGAUGCUCUCGCAAGAGCUGUUCAAAGAAACUUUGGAGGUCUGGAUUCUCAAGUUAAAAUUUUGGAAAUAUUUAACAGCGUUUUCCAGACCACAGGCAAACCAGUCAAAACCAUUGACCUGGUGAAGGAGAACCUUGAUUCAAAGAAGAGGAAAGGCCUAGAACCAAGGUAUCUAUUGCUUCUCACAAGUAACAAUGCUGCCCUUUCAAUCCUGCAGAGCCUGAAAGUCAUUGACAAAAAUGACACAGAAAUCAUCUUUGGAUCUGGAUUCCCACUCGAUCAAGAGUAUUCUCAGGUCUGCCGAACAGUGAACAGGGUGAAGACUUGCAUGGAGGCAGGAAGGCCUGUUGUGCUGUUGAACAUUCAGAGUCUCUAUGAGAGUCUGUAUGAUGCCUUGAACCAAUGCUAUGUCAAACUAGGUGGGAGUAACUACGUAGACAUUGGACUUGGGUCUCACCGUGUCAAAUGUAAAGUCAGGGAUGAAUUCCGCCUCAUUGUCAUUGAAGAGAAAAGUGUGGUGUAUUCACAGUUUCCAGCCCCUCUCCUUAGCAGGCUUGAAAAGCAUUGUUUGGAAAUGAGCACAAUCCUCUCUGAAGACACAAGGGAAAUGCUUGGAGUUUUGGAAAAUCAAGUUAAGAAGAUGUUUUCAAGUGAGGGUGAAAACCGUCAAACUCUUUGUGAUACUUUGAUUGGGUUCAGUGGUGAUACCAUGGCAUCAGUACUACUGCAGUACUGCCGUCAAUCUCCCUCUGAGUGCUGGGACUCAGCCAUGAAAAAUGAUGUCAUUCAACAAGCAAAGGAAAAAGUAAUACAGUGUGCAACUCUAGAUUCCAUUCUCAGAGUAACCAGGGACAGAGAGGCUGUUCAGGAACUGUACUUCACACAUCAGACUCACAUCAAUUUGACUGACCUAAUCAGGAAACAUCGGACCACUAGUGACAAAGGGAUGUGUCUGGAGGUGUCAACAUAUUCUCGACUCCUGAAUCAAAGAGAUUUUAAAUCAAUGAAUACGGAUCUGAAAAUCUCCAAACAUCAGUCCCAUCUGUUUCGACUUCGGGAGUUUCAAACAGAGCAGGCUUUUUGUGACGCACUGAGAAAAUGUUUCCAGUUGAGUGUUGAGGGAAGAUUGCUCGUUUUGAUUCAGUUCUACUUUGAAAAUCCGAAUCAGAGUCAACGACUCCUUUCUUGUACCAGGUACUGCAUCUCAAAACUUGUGAGAGAAUUCCAGGAGAAGACAAUUGUUGAUGUUAUCCUGCUAAUCAGAAUUCCAAGGAUAUCAGGAGGGUGUGGAUACACUGCCCUUAUUGGAGAUGACUGGGACUGUACCCAUUUGGACGAACUCAUCCCCACCAAAGGGCUGACAUCAGACAUGCAGAAACUGUGUAGCAUGUCAAUACCUGAAAUCUUUAAGAAGAGCAUGGUAUGCAGCAAAGUUGUCCUUGUUGAACUUGCUGCGAACAUGUACAAAGACCUGACAAAGGAUGAUCCAGAGAAUGUCUCUCUGCUUUGGCUCCAUGUCACCUAUGAGAACAUGCAUGACAAUCAUCAGAUUCUCUACAAACUAUCACAACAAUGCAGUGACCAGUUUGACAUCAGCAAAGCCAGAGAAGCCACAGAGGCAACACACCUUUUACUGGAGAAACUCCAGCCCAGUGAUGAGCUGCUGAGGGAUUACCCCAGCUGUAAGGACUGGCUGAAGAGGAUGAUUGCAAAGAAAAAAAUGGACAUGGAGCUGACAUUUAAAGAGGUGACACGGAUGCUGAAGCAAUGCAACAUCAACGCCUGCAACAUCUACCUGCUCGAUGAGAUGGGGAAACACUUACAGAGAUACAUUGAGGAGGCUCUGAAACAUAAUGAGAAUCCUGAGGAGUUCUAUCUGAUGGUUGUUCGCAGCACAGAGGAUCAGAUACAGACAUCUUCCCAUGAAGCGUUGAUCCAGAAAGCCAUAGAAUGUCUGAAUUUUGACACUUCCAUGCUUUCAAGCCCAGGAAGGGAUGUGACGUUUGAGGAUUUGCACUGCAUUGCCAAAAUAAGAUUUGCUGUCACCGUUGCCUCAGAUAUCAUUGGACGUUUGAAAUCUGUGGAGGUGCUGGUAGAAGGUAGCCACGGUGGUGCAUCCAUUCUCAUUCAGAGGCUUGAGGAAAUUGUUAUGAAGAACCAGUGGAUCCAGAUAUUCCUGAUCCGAAACUUGUGCAAUGUCUUUGGUCUUAAAAUCAUUCAACACAUUCUCCAGAAUGAAAAUUUACACUGGAUUCUGCCAAAGGAACUCAGGGACAAAAAGAUUGCGCAGGUGCAUAAAAAGUCGACACAAUACAGAAACUGGAAAAACAUUUCCGUGGUCUGCCAGAGGCUGUCUCAGGAGAGUCUCACUCAGCUGUCAGAGAAGCUCAGUUUCUCUCAUGACUCCAGUUUAACACCAGUUGUCAUCCAUACAGCGGCCGUGAUUUACCAGUCCACAGCCCCUGAGAUGAACCUGCUCAAGACUCUUUGUACACAGCCCAACAAAGUCAUGAAUAAUGUCGGGGACAUAUUAGUGAAUAUUCUGUACAGCAAAACACCACAGCUGACAGAUCUGCCCACCACUGGCAUAUUCAACCUCCCACUCAUGUGGAGAUAUGAGCAGAGAAUGACCAUUCAGCACCUCACUCACCUGGUGGAACUAGGGGAUGGAACUGAGGGGUAUCCAGCACUUUUAGAACUUCUUAGAAAGCAUGGCCACAUUCAGCACAUCAGACACCUGCCUCAGAUCCUGAAUCUUCAGCUGAAACUCAUGCUCCACUUUCGCUACACUGAUUUAGUCGACCUGAAAGACAUGUCAGUGGAAGAGUUCCUGACAAAAGCCCCGCCAGCUGAGAGUCACCUACUUAAAGAGGGCGUGAAAAGGCUGAUGAGCGUGUGGAGACAUCUGAAGGACUCGUCUUAUCUUGAGAUUCCACCAGACCUUAAGCAGAGGGAGGAAGACAGCAUAAUGAUUCCUGAUCUUCUGCCCAGAGAAAACUCUUUGACACGAAUAUUAACGAGAUAUCUCGCCAAAAUGCAGAAUGACUGCAUUAACACUGCCAAGAUCAAAGAAAGCGGACAAAUGAAAGCUGAGGACCUCAAACCCUCACACAUCAUCACAUGUGACUUGGAGGAGGACUUUCUCCCAAUGGCCAUCUCCAACUUUGGGCACAUUGUGAAUGAGGACGGCACUGAAACCACCAACUAUAAUUUCAAAACCCUGGAGAGCCAGCUGAUCAGUCGCUUCAUCAGUGAGAAACCCCUCAUUGAUCUGUCUACAUUACCUUUAAUGGAGUGUAAUCCGGUGUCAACGCUGCAGUCUUUCUUCAGUAAAGUGAAAUCUAAUCUGGAGCCCUUGCCAGCCCAGGAGAAGAGUUACAUCAUGAAUGAAAUGAGAUUCCUCAGUGAGAUCUCCGCUGCUCUGUCCACCCUGAGAAUAGCCAUUGGUUUCCUCGAGUUAUCCUUUGGCUCCAAAGACAUGCUGUUAGUGGAGUACAUGAAAACUGAGCUGAGAAUGGAGGACAGAGCCCAGCACCUGGAGCUGCCGGUUUUGAGGACCAGUCAAGUGAAGCAUAUUCAGUCUCUGUGGGAAACUCUGUCCACCAGACGCUCAGCUCUGCUGACUGAGAUGAAUCAGGAUCCAUUCUUCAUGGUUAGCCCAAAAUUCCAUGAGAAACUGAGUGAGGAGGAAAAGAGAGAUUUGGUCACCAAACUGUCAGAGAUUAAAGACCUGGACAUGUUCCUCACUCAACUACAUGAUUUCAUCAUGAACAUGGAGGCCAAGCCGAUUAUGCCGUUUUGGGAGUUCAAUUCAACUUUUGAAGCUUUCCUCUUUAAUGACAAAGAGCUUCCUGAGGACUGUGUUACAAGCCUGAUAAAGCCUUUUGGAGAUGAUCUGAAGAUGAAAAAUAUUAUUUCUCUGUGGGGUCUGUCAGUGAGGAGAAGAGCUGGCCAUGUGAAUUCAGUGUUUAACUGA